AUGUGGGCUUGGGGUGGGGUGGGGGACGGCGUGGUGGUCCUCCCGCACCCCCCGGCCAUCGGGGGAGGAUUCCGGCCCCCGGCGGCGGAUUUUAAGCUAUUAACCGUCGCCGUUUCUUCCGACUCCAGGCAUCUCUUCUCCCUCAAGGUGAUCCCUCAAGCUAUUAACCGCCCCUCCUUCUGCUCUGUCAUUCGGUCGCCUAUCCGCGCGCUCUUUUGUGUUCGGCUCUCUGAUUUCUUGCUGAUCGACAAAAUUGGCGCACGAGAUCGAGAGAUAUUCACGAUCUUCGGGGCUUUUGUUUGAUUGGAUGGGAACAGCCUGGGAGGAGCGAUACUCAGACGAUCCUUCCACUGGAGGAAUAUCGGUUUCGAUUUCUCGAUCGAAUAGAAAAUAUUGACAUGGACGCAUUUGAACUACAAUUAGCAUCCGGAAAUUUCCGUGGCUCUUUUCAAAGUUUCGUCCACAGUGAGAUUAUCGGGCUCUUGAUCACCACCUCCCGAUCGUUGAAGCUCCGAUGAAGAUGAUCGAUAAGACGGUGAAUACUGCAUCGGAAAUCAAGUAUAUGCACACAGAAAACGUAGAACUGUUGAUUGCGAAGAACCAGAUGCAUCAUAAUGUCUUAAUUCUUCUUAAAUUGCGGAAAAUAAGAGUCUAACGUGUUUCAGUUCUUCGCCAAUUACUCGAGAAUUUGACGCCUGUUCUAAGCUUUUUUUCCAUCUUUUGUGCUUUUCAGUUUCCUAUUUUCUGGCUGAAUCGUUGUUCUUCCAGGGUUGCUCGAGUUUAUUCUGGCCGAAACCGGGGGUUCAGGUGGAGAAUCCUCGGGUGAGAAGAUUUAGGUUGAAAGCUUUAGAGAGCUACGGCGAGAAUCAAGAUCCGAUUGCCCCCCUGAAGCUAGAAUCUCCGACGGGUCAACACCUGUCCCAGAUAUUGCAGACGCAUCCUCAUCUGUUCCCAGCAGCCAUCGAUCAGCAACUGCGGCAGCUUCAGUCGGACGAAAACCUUCUGAAAGAGAAAACCUCCCCUGCACCUCAAGAUGUUCUUUACAGGUUUGCCAAUUUUUUCAGUUCUCACCGUUGACUUUUGUUUAAGAUCCAAACAAACCCAUGACAAAGAUCACAGAUGGUUGGUUUGGGAUCGAGACAUCUUGAUCAUCAAUGGCGACACCGCCAUUAGUGCACUUUCAAGAGAAAACCUUCCCUGCACCUCAAGAUGUUCUUUACGGAUUUGACAUUUUUUUCCUCACGGGUUCUCAUCGUUGACUUUUGGUUAAGAUCCGAACAAACCCAUGAAAAAAAUCAAAGAUGGUUGACUUUGAAGAGGUUUUGUCCCCACCAAUCAAAAUAUAAAUUUUUAUGAACGCCUCGGGAGAAAUGUAUGCAGAUAACUUUGUUUGAAUUUUACUGCUUCACCUUCAUAUGAUAUUUUUGUCACUCGGUGAAGCAUCCGAGUAGGCAGAUUAUCGAGCUUCAGUUAAUAUUCUAUUAAUGGAUUAUUUUCGAAUAAAUGCUUCAACUGUCCUGCUGCGCGAUCUUACUAUCAUCCAUGGAAGAAUGCUCUGAACCAAUCUUGUCAAAUAACUUUCCGUUGACCCCCACUCUCCGGUCAAAGAAAAAUUCCCUCUGACCGUGGCAGAUUUUGGCUCCUCCGCAGGAGAAUUGCCGAGGUGAAGAACAAGGAGAGGCACAGAGCCGUGGAGGAGAUAAUCUACUGCUUGGUCGUGCAGAAGUUCGUCGAGAAGGGGAUCGUGAUGAUCCCGGCCAUCUCGCCGUCGCCGGAUCCCUCCGUGCUGGUGGACUCCUGGCCGAACCAGGCGCGGAAGCUGGAGGCCGUCCACUCCCAGGACGCCCUGGAGAUGAUCGAGAGCCACAUCGCCCUCGUCCUCGGAGAGCGAUCAGUGGGGCCGCUCAACUCCGUCGCGCAGAUCAGCAAGAUCAAGCUGGGGAAGCUCUACGCCGCCUCCAUUAUGUACGGCUACUUCCUCAAGAGGGUGGACGAGAGGUUCCAGCUCGAGCGGACCAUGAAGACCCUCCCCCCGCAGCCCGGCGACCGGCGCACCAUCUUCGACAAUCUCAAGGCCAGCCCCCUGUGGGACGUGGAGUCGCUGAUCCAGAUCCCCGCCGACGAGGACGACGACGGCGACGAGUUCGGCGGCAGCGGCGGUGCCGAUUCCUCCCGUCUCAGGUCCUACGUCAUGUACCUCGAUGCGGAGACGCUGCAGAGGUACGCGACAAUGCGCUCCAAGGCGGCGAUCUCGUUGAUCGAGAAGCAGACGCAGGCGCUGUUCGGGAGGCCCGACAUCCGCCUAGCAGACGACGGCUCAAUCGAGCUCCCCAACGACGAGGUCGUCUCCAUCACCUUCUCCGGCCUGACCACGCUCGUCCUCGAGGCCGUCGCCUUCGGCUCCUUCCUCUGGGACGCCGAAAGCUUCGUCGAAUCCAGGUACCAUUUCCUCUCCACCUGA